AUUGACAUAAGAGAAACAGAGAGGCAGAGAGAGAGAGAGUCUCUCUUCUAUCUUGCGCAGCUCUGCUUAACCUGCGCACCGCCACCACCUCCACCUCCUCCGGCGACCCAAAACCAAAAACCCACCACCAAAAACAUGGGGAAAGGUCGCGCAUUAAGCGACGGAGUGUUAAAGAAGAUCAUCCUCUCUUACACAUACGUCGCAAUCUGGAUCUUCCUCAGCUUCACCGUAAUCGUCUACAACAAAUACAUCCUCGACAAAAAGCUCUACAAUUGGCCAUACCCAAUCACACUCACCAUGAUUCACAUGGCUUUUUGCUCUUCCUUAGCCGUAAUUCUCAUCAAAGUCUUCAAAAUCGUCGAGCCAGUCUCCAUGUCUCGCGAGACUUACCUCAGAUCCGUCGUCCCCAUCGGCGCGUUGUACUCACUCUCCCUCUGGUUAUCGAACUCGGCCUACAUCUACCUCUCCGUCUCCUUUAUCCAGAUGCUCAAAGCCCUAAUGCCCGUCGCCGUUUACUCGAUCGGGGUUUUGCUAAAGAAGGAGACUUUCAAAUCUCAGACCAUGACGAACAUGCUCUCGAUCUCAUUCGGUGUAGCGAUCGCUGCUUACGGCGAAGCGAAAUUCGAUGUCUGGGGUGUUGUUCUUCAGCUCGGAGCUGUUGCUUUCGAAGCUACGAGGUUGGUUCUGAUUCAGAUCUUGCUUACUUCUAAAGGAAUCAAUCUUAAUCCGAUCACUUCUUUGUAUUACGUUGCUCCUUGUUGUAUGGCUUUCCUCUCUGUUCCUUGGAUGUUCGUUGAGUUCCCGAUUCUGAGGGAUACGUCGAGUUUCCAUUUCGAUUUCGUUGUUUUCGGAACGAAUUCGGUUUGUGCUUUUGCUUUGAAUCUCGCUGUGUUCCUCCUCGUUGGGAAGACUUCAGCUUUGACCAUGAAUGUGGCUGGUGUGGUUAAAGACUGGCUCUUGAUUGCGUUUUCGUGGUCUGUGAUUAAGGAUACGGUCACGCCGUUGAAUCUGUUUGGUUAUGGGCUUGCGUUUUUGGGUGUUGGGUAUUAUAAUCAUUGCAAGCUUCAGGCUUUGAAGGCUAAAGAUGCGCAAAAGAAGGUUCAAGAGAGUGAUGAGGAAGCUGGGAAGCUUUUGGUUGAGAGGGAAAGUGAAGUUGCUGGAAAAGAAACUCAAGAUUGAGAAGAGAUCUUGAUUCUUGUUCAAGAAUGCGUUUCAGGGAAUAAGAGCUAAAGGGUUAGAGGAUGAUUUUUUGGAAAGACUUUUUUUUUGCUUGUAGUUGUUCGUCUACGUUUAAGUUAUGGUUAAGUUAUGAUUUUACAUAGUGAUUGAUAGGUACAAAGGGGGUUUUAAGAGGUUUAUUGAAUCUUUUUGAAACUUCAUUGUAUCUUCUAUUGAGUUUGGGUUUGUUUUCUUACUUCUUUAUGGAUCUAUUAUCUUUGCGGGUAAACAAUUGUUGUAGUAGUAAUUUAUUUGAUAUUUUGCUUAUUGAGAUUGUUACAAUGUCAAAUUGAAACUCCUUUUCUUUA